CAGGUGCAAAACCUCCGCUCUAUAGUCUCUCGGGACGCCAUUACCACCAUGGCUCACCUUUUCACUCACCUGCAGUGUGAUAUGGACAGUGAGGUAGAGGUCGCUGCUCGCACCCUCCUUCACAAGGCUGGAGAGACCAGCCUUUUUAUAAGGCAGGGUGUGGAGCUAGCCCUCAGCACCAUGGUGCUCUCCUGUUCACCUGGCCGAGUCCUGCAAGGACUGCUGGAUGGUGGAAUACGCCACAGAAACCCGGUCUGUAGGGCCGCCACUGCACUGAGCCUGGUGAGGCUCCUGCAGGUGGUCGGGGUUUCACGUGUGCUGACUGGCAGGAAGACGUUCGCGAGCAAAUUCAUUCCUGCCGUCAGCACACUGGCAUUUGAUGCAGCCCAGGAUGUCAGAACCCACGCCCGAGCCGCAUUGUGCCUUUUGGGCUGCCACAAGGAGGCUGAGAGGGCUGUAGAAAAAUAUGUACAGUUGAGAGACCAAUCAGAGAUUAAGAAAUUGCUUUGUAAAUAAUCAAUCAAUCAUUUUUUAAUCAUUGUCUGUAGUUGAGAUGAUAUUCAGUGUUCAGCUGUUCAGACUGGGUUUGGUGUCGAAUGCUCCGUUCUAGAGAAGCUUACAGACUCAGAGCUGUUCACAGUGGUGGUGACAGGAACCACAUCUGAAGAGGUGGAUAAAGCAGCGGCUCCACCUUCCUCUUGCCAGAGGCUCUUUCUUAGAGUCCUGGUAAGUGAGGUAACCCAGUUUCUGGGCAUCCUCUAGGGAGGUGGGGCGCUGCUUGGUGGGAAACGCACCGGCCCUGUGGCAUCAGGGCUUCCCAGUCAACCAGCUGGGAAUGUCCCGCCCCCAAACAAGCCCUGCAAAGCUUGUGAGGGGUUCGCCCAGGGCCGGCCGGCGUCCCCCAGCCACUCUCUUAGAGGCAGUCCACCCUUCAGACGUAUGGGUCCCGUCUCAAUCACUGUGAUCAGUUCUGACUCUGUGGGCUUCUCUGGAACAAAGCAUUUCACCCCAAACCCACUCUGAACACCUGAACACUGAAUACAUCUCAACCAGACCAGCAAAAUAAAAAUCCUUAA